UAUAAAAAAGAAUAACUUAUUAUGAUAGUACAGAAAACUUACUGACUGAAGCAAAAAAUUCUAUAAGCUUCAUUAAAAUUUCGCCACAGUUUAUAUCAAGCUGUGUAUCUAAGCAUUUUACAAAAUGAGAGACGCGAAGAAACUAUUCUAAUUAAAUUUAACAUAUAUAUACAGCAAGUAUUAUUACUAGUAAUAUGAUUAUUUUUCUGAGGGGGAGGGACUGAAAAAUAAUCAUUAAAUUAAUCAUUCAUAAAAAGUACUACAAGCCUUACAGCAUGAAAGCUGUAAAUUAAUUUUAUAAUUUGAGGAAUAAAAUACAAUCAUUAGUGAGCAGAAUAUUAUAACGUUGAUAAUAACGCAAUCCAUAAGCUUCGCCGCGUGGCUACUCGAUAAAUGUUUACAUUUGGAACUACUAAGAUGGAACAACAGCGCCAUCUAGUGAACGCGACAUUUUAGGACCGUUUUUCUACUAGGCAGUUUCACCUCCUUCAUUAUACUCCGUGCCCCCUUCAAAAGAAGAUCGAGAAGUGUUCCAUCUGAGUUUUCAUGUGAGGAACAAGUGUAAUUAGUUGUUAAUUAAAAAUUGUAAUUGUGCUUAUAAAAUCAGAGAUUCAUUUGACUUAGUUAAGAUGAGGUGGACGAAAGUAUUUGCGUUGCUUAAAAUACUUAUAUGUUUUACUUAUUUUGAAAUAGUUAACUGUUUAUAUGAGGAUCAAGUCGGCAAAUUUGACUGGAGACAGCAGUACAUAGGCAAAAUUAAAUUUGCAUACAUUGAUCCUGCUGUUUCUGGCACGCAUAAAUUUAUUGUAUCCACUGAAGAAAAUGUUUUAGCAUGCUUAAGUACUCGCACAGGUAGCAUUAUUUGGAGGCAAGUGCUAGAAAAAGGCAAAGUUGGUAAAAUAAAUGCUAUGUCAGAGGAGGGCGAUUUAAUAACUGUAAGUGGUGGCGGGCAGUUUAUACGAAGCUGGGACUCAACUACAGGCGUUUUGGAAUGGGAAACAUCUUUUCCAAAUCUUCAAAAGAACGAUGCACAGUUAUACUUUCAUAUCGACUCUCAGGCAAAAGACAUUAUUAAAGUUGAAAUAAUUCCAAAGCAGUAUUUUAAAGUAUCAGUUUACAGUUAUACUCGUGCUUCUCUGAAAACAUUAGAUGUUGAUAGGCCUUCAUGGUUAGAUGAAAAUUCCAAGUGCCGCUUUAGUUCAAGUGUGUUCUUUUUAUGUGUUGAUAGCAAAAAUAAGUUGAUGUAUUUAGUACCUGUUAAAGAUCAUAAGUUCAUUCCUGAUAUACCUUUAGAUGGUAUUUAUAUGAUGGCAAAAGGGAGUGAUAAUGCAAUAAUUCGUAAUGUGAAUAUUGUAUCUGUUCCAUCCAAGUUGUCAUAUGUAAAUAACAUAAUUGCUAUGCAAUUAGAGAAUCGUCUUCUGAUUUUACAGACAUUACCAGCUACAUUAAAAGUAGAUAAGAUAUUUAAUAAUGUCUGCAAAGUAAAAAUGAUGAUGAUUGAUGAUAAUUUUCUGUUAUUUUCAAUGUGUCUGAUGGAUAAUAUUUAUUCUAUUAAGGCAUUUGAUGCAGAUUCGAAUGCUGAGCUACAACAUUUAGAUGGAAGCUUUAGUUUGUCUGAAGAUCGGGGUGAUCUAGAGACAUUUUUUAUUUUACCCUAUAUUAAAAAAGAUCACGGUAUUAGUUAUAAAGUAUUGUUAUUAUUUGAGGAUCAUUCUGUAUUAGUUAUUCACCAACAUGGUCGAAUGGUAUGGUCUCGAGAAGAAGCUUUAUCUAAUAUUUUGUCAUCAGAAAUAAUUGAUUUACCCUUAUCAGAAACAGAUGCAAAUAUCGAGCAAGAAUUUGGUCAUCCUGAUGCAGGACUAAUUUCUAUGUUUUUAACUCGUUUGAAAUCUCAAGUUUAUUUAUUACAGACUUUCUUAAUACAUGCACUAACAGGAUUUAAAAGUGAUAGCGACAGUGGCAUUGGAGAUAAAAAGGCCUUGAUGAGGGAUACAUUUGGACUGCAUAAAAUCAUAAUUGUCCUCACAAAACCUGGAAAAGCAUUUGGAAUAGAUAAUUUAUCUGGGUUAAUUAUCUGGAGCCAUUAUGAAAAUGGAUUUUCUCCUUUUGUUACAAAUUACAAACAGUAUUUGCCUUUAUUUGUACAACGUACAACUGCACAUUAUCCAUAUCCACCAAUCUGUACUGCUGUAGGAAUAGAUUCAAAGUCCAAGAAAAGUCACAUUUAUUCUUUUAAUCCAAUUUCUGGGACUACAUUAGAAAGCAAAAGUUUGCCUUAUCAUGUAAUCCAAGUUAUGUCUGGAGGUUUGAGUUUUUAUCUACGGGAAAUUCUUUUACUAGACACAAAUAUGACUGUACAUAUAUAUCCUGAAUCACAUGAUAUUUCAAAACAUAAAAAUACUCAUUUCAUAUUUACUGCUGAACCAUCAGCUGGAAGUUUGGUGGGAUAUAAACUUAUAAAUGGUGAAAAUAAUUCUUUGAGAGCAGUUGAAGUUUGGAAUAUAAAAUUACCCCAAGCUAUUAUUGAAAUAGUCUCUAAGAAACCGCAAGAACAUGUCCAUUCCCAAGGUCGAGUAAUGGGUGACAGAAGUGUACUUUAUAAAUAUCUGAAUCCAAAUUUAGCUGCUGUUUUUACUGAAGGCAGUGAUUCUGUUCAAAAGACAUUUUGUAACAUUUAUCUUAUUGAUAUAAUUACUGGUUUAAUUGUAUACUCUGCAUCACACAAGAGAUGUAAAAGUCCCAUACACGUAGUUCACUCUGAAAAUUGGAUUGUUUAUAGUUAUUACAAUGAUAAAUCGCGGAGAAUUGAAAUAUCAUCUAUUGAAUUAUUUGAAGGAAUGUAUCAGAGCAAUACAACAGCAUUUUCGUCAUUUGCUCCACCUCCGCUUCCACUUGUUGAACAUCAAACAUUUAUUUUUCCUUCUGUUAUUGAAACUAUGGCAGAUACUGUAACUGAAAGAGGGAUGACUAGUAAGCAUCUUUUGAUUGCUUUACCUUCUGGUGGAAUUUUAGAAUUACCCAAAACCUUCUUGGAUCCAAGACGACCUAUUAAUCCUUUGCCAGAACAUCGAGAAGAGGGUCUCAUUCCAUAUAUUCCUGAACUCCCUAUUAUGUCUGAAGGAAUUGUAAAUUAUAAUCAGAGUAUCAUGCGUGUGCAAGGUAUCGUGACAGCUCCAUCAGGUUUAGAAUCUACAUGUUUAGUAUUUGUUCAUGGACUUGAUUUAUUUUAUACAAGAGUCACUCCUUCUAAAACAUUUGAUAUUUUAAAAGAUGAUUUUGAUCAUUAUUUGAUCAGUGUUGUGCUGCUUAUUUUGUUGGUUUUAUCUUAUACAACUAAAAAACUUGCUGCCCGUAAAACUCUUAGAGCUGCAUGGAAAUAAUUUAUUUGCUGUUACAGAAUGUAAGGCUGUUUAAUAAUGUGCAAUAAGCGCAUAUCUGUUGAAUUGCAAAAGUUCAUCAGAUUUUCAAAUAUAUUUAAUUAGUAGUUGCCUGUUCAAAUCCUUAAAUGUUCGAGUUAGAUCUUGAUAAAAGAGUUCUUGUUGCUGUCAAACUCUUUCUUUGUCAUUCGUGUCAGUUCUAAAUCUUUGGAAUCAUUUUUGACAAACAUCAUUUGUAGUGUUCUUCAUAGAUUUCCCAGAAAAUAUUUUGUUUCUGUAAUAGUAUUUUUUUUAACAAAAAAGAUGCAACUUUUUUUAACAAAAAAGAGCGUAGACGUACUUAUUAAAUUGCAUCAUGUUAUGUUGUUAUUUAAAUUGCUGUAAGUAAAAAUGUCAGUAAGAAAUAAAUGAAAAGCUCUGAAAAGAGAGGGAAUUGCAAUAACUUAUAUAUAAUAUUAAAUAAAAAUCAUAAGCAGUUAAUAAUUUCCUUUGGUCUGUCAUCUCAAUAGUGCUAAAUAGAUGAUCAAAAAUUAAUUCUAAUUAUUAGUUAUGCUAAAAAGAUUAAAAAUAUUGUUCCCAGAUAAAAUUUCUAUUGUAGUCAAACUGUUAAAUUGCAGUUGUAAAAUUAUGAAGAUUUAUUUACAGGUUUCAAAUAUAAGUGAAUCAUUUGCAUAAUUUCCCAAAAUCUGUUUCUUGAAAUAGAGUAACUGUGCAAUCUUUUUUUUAAACUAUUUUAAGUGUCACUAUAAAGGAAGAAGUUUAAUACUAUUAAAAGAAUAUUUGUCAAGAGUUAAAUGUAGGGAUGUUAAUAUCCCAUCAUCAAUGAUACAUAAUAGGUCAGUGAUACAUAACUAACUGUAUGUGAAAUUAUUUUGUGAAAAAAAAUCAAGUAUAUCAUAUCAAACAAGAUUAACAAAAGACGUUUAAGAAUGCAAUGUUUGCUUUAUUGAAAAUUUAUAAUGGAUUUAACUGUAAAAUGUUUGGUGAAUUUGAGAUUGAUAUAUUAGUGACAUUAAAAUUUUUAAUGAUAACAAAGUCAUGACUUUUUAAGUUAAAAUAUAAUAGUCUACAGCACACCAAAAAAAUUAGAUUAUGAUAUUAAUGUUUAGAUGAAAGAAUAGUUAUAUCGGCUAAGAUGUCAUAUAUGGCCUGGGAUACAUGUGUAUUUUAUAUUAACUAUUGGUAUAUUUUCUAGCAUAUUAGCCUAUACUUUUUGUUCAGAUUUUUUUGGAGCUAUUAUAUGAAAAAAUAUAUUUACAUUCUACAGAUUCUGAAUUUAAAGUGUAUUGAGUAUGGCAAAAAUUUCAUUGUUCCUUCCAGGUGAACAACAUGCUUGAAGAUAUUAUAGUUUUUUAUCAUAAAUUUGUUCAAACCUCAUAAAUUUAUUGUAUAAAUAUAUUAUUGAAAUAAUUAGAAACUAUUGUCAAGCAAUAUGUGUAAUUCUUUUUGUCAGUUUUGGCCUGUCUGUAUUCAUCAAAUAAUUUCAGAUAUAACUAGCUUCAAUAUAGCCAUUUUAUCAAUGAAUCUGAAUUACCUGUAAUUUUGAUACUUUUUGUGUAAAUUAUAUUUUAUUACAUAUAAUAUGACAAGUAAAAGGUAUGCAUUUGUACUGUGAUGAUAUUUAGUUAAAAAUCAUCAAGCCAACUUAUAUUUAUCAAGUGUGACUCUUUUUGUUAGUAGGGCUUUUUUGGAAAUGCAUAUGGAAAUCUUUUAAUAGUAACACUGACUGAAUUUCAGAAAUAUUGUACAGAAUGGAUAAAAUUUGACUUCUUUAUGAUCACCUGUAAAAUAAUUUAACAGAUGUGUUGAAGUGAUUUAUUUAAGAUGUAUUAAAAGGGGACAUCUGAAAGCAGCAUUUUUUUUAGUAUACAAUAUUAUUAAAUUUUUCUUAUUUUUUAAAGUAUGAUUUUGAAAAGAGAUAUAAAAUCAUUUCUCAGAGGGGAAGGUGUAAUAUGUACAAAAUUCAUCUUAUUAUUAAAUGACUUUGGUAUAUGA